UUUAGGAAAUAUGAAGAUGGUUAGGACAUGUUUGGAGGAGAUGAAGGGGGUGGAAGAGGAGAAAGGUACAGACUACCAGUUGUUCAUGGACUGUGACUCGUUCUAUAAUAUAAAGCAGUACUUGAUAGUUAAAAUAAAGAAACAGCCGGUCGCCUUCAAGAUUGAUCUGAAUGACCAACCAGAUGAAGGAGAUAAAAAGUACCCAUUAUGGAAGCUUAGAGCAAUCAGACCUGAUAUUACUCAGUUAGAAAUAACUGGAGAUCUUUCGAAGAGUAGGAAGAGGAGUAAAAUUCUUGAUGGAUUUAAAUCUCAAUGGGUGUUUCAUCUAAUUCUUACACAUUCAUCACAAAAUGGACAAUAUAUACCCUCUUCAAAUUAUCUUCAGAAGAUAUAUAUGCUAAAUCCUAGCAUUUUAAAACUAAUCUUCUUGCGAGGUUUCAGUUUCACUGGCAAAGAAUUUAACAAGCUGUUGCUUGUGGCCUCAAAUGCUUCUCAAGUUGAAUUAGAAUCUUCAACAAUUGAAAUAGAUACGAAGAGUAUUCCAUCUCGAGUUAUGUUUAAACUAGGGAAACUAUAUUUUUAUAGAUGUAAAACAUUAGGAGACCAAGAAGAAUUUGACUUCGAAAAAAUAGUCACCUUAAUUUGUUCAUGAGGACUCAAGAAUUCAUUAGAUGAGGUCAGAGUUCCAAAAUCUCCCAUACUUUUCACAAAGAAAUUGAAAACCCUACUAAGAACAGAUUUGGUAAAUUUAUUGAUAAACGGACUUAAUAUUGAAGAGACUAUCAAAGAAAAUAUAUCAAUUGUUAACACUUCAGAAAGCAAAGGGUCAUCUAAAAAUCGUAAAUGAAUUGUUCAAUAAUUAAUCCAAUAAUGAGUGCCGUUUUAACCAA